UAUGUACAUUGAUUAUGUAAAAAAAAAAAAAAAAAAGAUUUUCAUGCAUUCGGUCAAGGAAUUCAAGUGCAUCCAGCACAUAAUAGAGAAUCAAUGAUUGGCGUGAUGAAGCAACCGGUCAAGGAAAUCAGCGGACAUGCGCCUGCAGUUUAAACUACGGCGCGUAAAUUCAGUGGUCUAAGCCCUGCGGAGUUCAACCGGUAGUGGAACAUUGAAUGUUUCAACUCCCCAAAACAGCCCCCAGAUUCAGCCACAAAUACCUUGCAUAUUAUAUUGAGGUACUGUACCAUGAGAUUAGGUUAGGUACCUACCUCCUAGAACAGGUGCCGUCAUCUUUACGAGGCAUUACUUAGGUACUUCCCUAUUUCCUGCCGCACCAAGUUCCCGACUUCGUAAACUUAAACUAAACAUCAACGCUCACAUUCACGAAUACGAUACGCUCAUUGAUAUUCCAACUACCAGCGUCGCGUUUCAGUUUCGCAUUUGGUGUUGCCAGUGGUAUAGUAGAAGCGGACCAUGGCCGUAGGAUUGUCUAACAGCCGCCAUGCCGCUGACGAGGAAGCUCGCGCCGAAGUCGAUGUGCUCAACUCGAGACUGGAAAAGACAACACAAUUGACUAAGAAGAUACAGGCAUGUCUAGGGAGAUUGGAGGCUACUGGCAAGAGUGUGCGAGAGGUGUCGGGUCCCCUUACGGGUGAAACAAAGAAGCUUCAAGUCUUGGGGAAUAAUAUCGAUGCUGUCAUCGCAGCUAUCGAGAGACUCCGCCAGCCGGCUGAUUCGAAAAAUGACGAAGAAGCGAUCAUCCGCCAGGGCCCCGAGAAGGCCGGGCUAUCCAACUACCUGAACUCUAUCAAGCGAUUGAACAAGGCGCUGGCCGAUAUGAAGACUUCAAACCUGCGCGCAAACCAGCAAACGAUGACUGAUCUUCAGCGCUUGAUCAAGUCUGGAAAUACCCAACUCGAGAAUUCGUUUGACAAGAUGUUGCGGGCAGAGACACCUCGUUCCAUCGAACCGCUUCAGUAUACGACCAAAAACACGCCCUUCCCCUUAUUAACUCAGGAUAAGAUCUCGCGCUUGAGCUUAAUGAAUUCUUAUGUGUCCGGUAACUCUCUGUCUGAGAAUCCACUGAUUAAAAUCUAUGCCGACGUGAGAGGACAAUAUUUACAACAGACUCUGGUAAACCUCGCAUAUGCAAGCGUAAAUACGGCCAAGAAAAAGAGUCCAGACGCUAUCUACCGAUCUGGCACCAAUGGAAUUGGUAUGUAUGCGCAGGCGAUGGAAGGGUUAUUCGUUGCCGAAUACGAUAAUAUCUGCAAUAUAUUUAUGCGACAAGACUGGGGACCAGCUUUCCAAAUGACCUGUCAGGCCCCGCUGGCUGAAUUGGCUCGAACGAUUCGAGAACUCAAUAAUCACAUAAAGGCUCAUCUUAACACCGACUGUUACCUUGCAUAUGAAGUCAUCGAGAUAAUGUCCAACCUGUCCAACAAUAUCGAAGAGCGCACAGGCGAACUCAAAUCCACAUUGGCCGCCGCAUUAAAGCCGGUACGCGAGACGGGCAAGUCUUCACUUGCCGAGCUGCUUGAGGAGACGAAGCGAAGGGUGGGGGCGCUGCAAGCCCUCCCGUCGGAUGGUUCGCCCAUGCCCGUCGUAUCCGAGACGAUGCAACGUUUGCAAACCAUGGUUGAUUUCCUCCGGCCAAUAUCCAGCAUCAUGAUCUCGCUAGGGGACGGUGGUUGGAGGUCGGGCGCCACCGCGAACAGCAGUAUGGAUGGCAUUCCUAGCCUGGCAUCGUUCGACAUUGGUGCUGAUGGAAAGGAGAUUUUUGCGCAUUAUUGCACUGAUACGAUAGAUGCACUAAUGUCGGCACUCGAGCAGAAGGCGAGAGUAUUGCUAAAAGGAAAGUCCAUUUGGGGUGUGCUUCUGGCCAACAGUGUCACUAUCAUUGAACGCAUGAUUCGGGACUCUGACCUUAAACCACUCUUGGAAGGCAAGCUCGGCGUCUUAGAGACCUGGCGAAAAAAGGCGAAGGCCUAUUAUGCCGAAGCAUGCAAAGACGUAUCGAUGCACUUAUUUGACGUGAUCCAUACGAAUCGGACCCAACGGCCGCCCUCUGGCUCAUCUGAAUCGGCAUCGAUUCUGAAAGGGCUUAGUAGCAAAGACAAGGACAGUAUCAAGGCCAAAUUUCAAAUUUUCAACGCAUCUUUUGAUGAAUUAGUAGCCCGACACAAGACCUACAGUAUGGAACGGGAGGUGAGACAAAUGUUUGCUAAGGACAUGCAGCAGAUGCUUGAGCCUCUUUACAAUCGCUUCUGGGACCGGUAUCACGAGGUAGACAAGGGCAAGGGCAAGUACGUCAAGUAUGACAAGUCCUCGAUCGCUGCUGUCUUCCUGAGUCUCUAUUGAUAAAAGGUGCCGAGACAUCUGCCGACAAGCUUUAAGCCAACCGAGCCCGUUGGAGCGUUGCAAAUUAUAUCAAACAGGCUUUACACCAGGUUCGUAUGUGGCGAUCAUAUGAUUUAUUCGCGAUGCUACAGCAUAACUUACAGGGUCGCAGCUCUUGGAUGGGAGUGGGGCCAAGGUGAAGCGAUCCAGGAAGGAUUCAUCAAAAUCUCCGUUACGGUACCAAGAAUUUGGAAAUACACGAAAUGCGCACU